AAAUAAAUAAGAAAAAGAAAAAGGUACUGGUUGAGUGGUAGUUAACAGAGAGAGAGAGAGAAACAGAGUGAGAGAAACAGAGGAUCCUCAUAUGAAGAGUGAAGAGAAUUGCAGAAGAAGGAGUCAACCUGGGAAAGCACGGAGAUUUUUUGUUGGUGGGUAUCUUAGAUUGCAUCCAUGAAAUCACAACAGCACUGGCUUUUGCUAAUAGGAUGAGCGAUUCUGCAUACAGAGUCGAAACCACUUCACGCCUUGCUCAAUGGAGAAUCGAAAACUUGGCUUCUUGCACUUACCGCAAAUCCGAUCCUUUCAAGAUUGGAAAAUGGAACUGGCAUUUGUCGGUGGAGAAGAACAGGGUUUUGUUUGUUAAAUUAUUCCCAGAAAUUUCCAAUCUAACGAGAGAUAAUCCCCCAAUUGCAUCUUUCAUUGUACGGGUGGUUAGUUCUGUUGGAGAUCGCAAGGCCCUCACACAUCCAGAAAUAAAGGACAAAGUGAUUAAGAACAAUGAAGACUUUGUUUGGGCAAUUGAGGUUCCACUUACUGGAAAAUUCAUUAUUGAUGUUGAGUUCCUUGAUUUGAAGACUGCAUCCCCAAACGGUGGAGAACCUUGCUCCAUUUGGGCUGAAGGAUUUACUCAGAAAAGAUCAAAUGCAAAAGCCCUUGAGUCUCUUGGUAGAAUGCUAACAGAAGGCAUCCACACAGACAUCACCAUCAAUGCUUCUAAUGGAAGUAUAGGAGCUCAUCGAGCUGUUCUUGCUGCCCGGUCACCGGUCUUCCGCAGCAUGUUCUCACAUAAUCUUCAGGAGAAAGAGUUUUCAACCAUAAACAUCUCAGACAUGUCCAUUGAAGCUUGCCAUGCUUUCCUCAAUUAUCUUUAUGGGAUCAUCAAACAUGAAGAAUUUCUGACUUAUAGGCUGACCCUUCUGCAUGCAGCUGAUAAGUAUGACAUAGAUGACUUGAGAGAGGCAUGCCAUGAGAGUCUUUUAGAAGAUAUUGAUACAAAAAAUGUACUUGAGAGGCUCCAAAAUGCAUCACUAUAUCAGUUGAUUAAACUGAAGAUGAGCUGUAUCCGAUAUCUUGUGAAAUUUGGUAAAAUAUUUGAAAUUCAGGAUGAUUUCAAUACCUUCCUGCAAAAUGCAGACAGGGAUCUGAUUGCUGAAGUCUUCCAUGAAGUUCUUGAUGCCUGGAAAGGAUUCUGAAUAUCUUGCAACUUCAAAGGACAGGAAGGCAUGGUGUUAUUUAACAUACCCACUAAAUAGGUUGUUUGAAUUUGUUGUGCAGGAUUUGUUUUCAUGAACCUAAUUCUUUUCCCCAGAUGGAUUUUUUUUAUGAUUUCCAUGUACAUACUUAUGUCAUGCUCUUUAAAUAUAAACCACAAGGUAUUAUUGUUUACACAAAAUGUACAUCUGCAUUAAAAGAAAAAGGACAUGUAUUUCAUGAAUGCAAAUGGUUCUAAUGAUACUUGGUUGUUUUAAUUUGUUUCCUUGUUUCAGAGAAUUUCACAAUUUAGAUUUUUCCCGUACGUAUUUAAUAAAGACACAGAAAGAGAACCACUAUAACUAGUAGUACAUUGUUUAGAAGUUGGAACAAGAUGAUAUAAUCUUGGGGCAGGUUAUAUUUACAAAUUUUUUUCUUUACAAACUACACUAUCUUCUCCUGGGAGAACACUAGGUUUCACUAUGUU